AUGUCGGUAUCUUUUGCUCCAGAGUGCACGCCAGCCAAAAAUGCUUAUGACGACUGUUUCAACAAGUGGUACACUGAGAAAUUCUUGAAAGGCAAAUCGAUUGAAAACGAGUGUACCGAGUUCUGGGACACUUACAUUACCUGUAUCAAUGCCAACUUGGCCAAGCAAGGGAUAAAGCCGAUGCUAGAUAAGGCUAGAGAGGAUCAGCCUUUUAGCCACGAAGAGAUACAGGAAAGCUUAAAAGAGCUGGAGAAGUGA